AUGUUCAAUAUUUCUCAGAGGGGCACGAGCUCGGGCAAGCAGAAGCCCGCCAAGCAGUCGACGCUGGCGUCGUUUAUCAGCUCGUCCAAGCCUCGCCAAGAGCCGAAACAACACGACCUGUUUUCUAGCCUCCAAAAGGAAAAGCGGAUCUUGUCUGAUGGCGUUAGCUCGCUUGAUGAUAAGGAAAAUGCCUCGAAAAAGGCCAAGUUGGCCAGAUCCGUUUCUUCUGGUAGCUUUGCCGUCGACGUACAGGACCACGGGCUGGAACAGUCGUCGCAGCCGUCCAGCUUUAAGCAUAUGAAACCGAUCGAAAAGAGACGGUUCGAAUCGACCCAAAUCGACGUUUCUGGCGGCCGAAGCAAGGUGGAGCACGUCAACGCCAUCAGCUUAACGUCUCGCAGACCCGUGACUGUGUCGCGACAACGCGCCCUGCCGUGGUCGACUUUUGGUAUGAAGAAAAUCUCCAACCCCCGCAGUCAGAGCAAACUGGGCUCCUCGUCCAGCUCUUCGGCCGGCGACAUGUUGUCGACAGAACAGCGGAAAGUCAUCGAAAUGGUGUUGAACGAGCGCAAAAACAUAUUUUAUACGGGUUCCGCAGGUACAGGUAAAUCGUUCCUGCUGCGGGAGCUGAUCAAGAGACUCAAGAACCGGUACGGUUCCAGCACGAUUGCCGUGACGGCGUCCACCGGACUUGCUGCCACCAACAUCGAGGGCACGACUUUGAACCGGUUCUCUGGAAUUGGGCUUGGGUCGGAACCCGUGCACAAGCUGGUUGGCAAAAUCAGAAGCAAAAGGGCCGUCGUGGACCGUUGGAAGGGAACCCGGGUUUUGAUCAUUGACGAGCUAUCGAUGAUCGACUCGAUCUUUUUCGAUAAACUGAAUGAGAUAGCAAAGCAAAUCCGUGGUAAUAGCAAGCCAUUCGGCGGGAUCCAGUUGGUGUUGACGGGAGAUUUUUUCCAGCUCCCGCCUGUUUCUUUAAGUAAAACGGGAGCUGCCAAAUUCUGUUUUGAUGCGCAGGGCUGGAAAGAGUGCAUUGACGAAACCAUUCUGUUGACCAAGGUUUUCAGACAGAAAGACGACUCGGACCUAAUCGAGAUGCUGAAUGCGCUGAGAAUUGGCCACUUGUCCAACGAGAUCAAGCAAAGGUUUAAAAAACUGGAGAGACCACUCACCUACACCGACGGUAUUUAUCCUACAGAGCUGUACCCCACCAGAGAGGAGGUGGAUCGCGCAAACAUGGACCGGCUUAACUCGUUGCCUGGCCGACUGUACCCCUUCCAUAGCAGGGAUACUGUUCCUCCCCAUAUUCCCAACCCUGAGUUCUUGAUCAAGCAGCUGGACGGGCUGAUGUGUGCAAAAGUGCUACAUCUGAAAGAAGGUGCUCAGGUGAUGUAUUUAAAGAACGACCCAGAAGACCCGCAGCUGGUGAACGGGUCGAUUGGCAAGAUUGUUUGUUUCUGCGACAUGGCUCUGUGGAUGUUGUUCACCAACACUUUCAAAGAGUACGAGAGAACGAUGCAUACCGAUUUACUGACAAUGGCUUCGCGAUUCAUUGGCAACCGCCCCUCGGCAGAGGACGAGAUGAUGUACAGCGAGUUUCUGGCCACUAAUUACGACAGCAGGGGCGAGACCGAGCUGGCCAAGGAGAUGAUCAGAAUGGCCAGAAACACGAGUCUUUCUGAUGUUUUUCCUGUUGUCAAGUUCUCGCACAACACUAUGCGCUUGAUCGAGCCUGUUCCGUUUUCGCCCGAGUCCAACAGCGAGCUGGCCCGUGAACAGCUGCCGAUUCUGCUAUCCUGGGCCCUGUCGAUCCACAAAUCCCAAGGACAGACUCUCAAGAGAGUGAAGGUGGAUCUGACCAAGAUCUUCGAGAAGGGACAAGUCUACGUGGCUCUCAGUCGAUGCGUCGACACUGCAAACCUCCAAAUCGUCAACUUUGACGAGAAACGCAUCCGUGUCAGCGACGACGUGGUGAGGUUUUACCAGAAUCUCAAACAGAUCGCGUAG